AUGAAAGUCGAAUAUACUCGACUUUUAAUUGUUCUUGUUUGUCUUAUUAUAAAAUGUGUAGAUGUUAAUGGUUCAUUAAAACGAGAACAAUGCCGUGAUUUUGCUGGCGAUCUUUCAAAUUGUCAACGAUUUAUACGUUGUUUCUAUAAUCUAAGAGUUUUAUUUACAUGUGCAUCGGGUACAGCUUAUGUACCUGAAUUACAGACAUGUGUUGGUAAAGAAUUAGUAGAUGAUUGUAAUGAUUCAAAGAAUCGAAUUGAAAUAACAGUGAAUUCAAAUAGUACUCCAGGUGAAACUGAUGAUUAUCCAACUAUUGAAGCUGAUUUAAAUGCACUUGAAAUACCUUUGCAAAAAUCUCUUUCAUCAGAUUUUGGUCUUACUGUUACACCAAAACAAUUCGGUUGUUCAUCAUAUUGUUAUAAUGAAGGUAUAUGUGUUCUUGUUGGUCAAAGAAUUACUUGUCGAUGUCCAUCUGGUUUUAUUGGUGUUCGAUGUCAAGUAACACAAGCUGCAAUCAGCACACGGGCUACUUGCAAUCCUAAUCCGUGUGAUAAUGGUGGCAUCUGUGUGACAGCACCAGGAUCAGGUACCAAUUUUGAAAGAUGUGACUGUGUAGCGGGCUGGACUGGAUCUUUAUGUGGCACGCCAGAUCCUCUUCCAGGUGGAGUUGUUAACCCCGCACCUGUUGGCACUGCAUGUCCAUCAAAUCCUUGUUUGAAUGGAGCUUCAUGUGUUACUACACAGGGUGGUGGUUUUCGUUGUAAUUGUGUAGCAGGUUUUACAGGUGUCUUAUGUGACAUAUCAACUGGCGCAGCGGUCAUAGGUACAGGUUGUAGUACAACAAAUCCUUGUAGUAAUGCAGGUGUAUGUGUACCGACAGGAACUAGUUAUCAAUGUCAAUGUGCAGGUGGUUUCAGUGGAACUAAUUGCCAGAGUAACUCAGCUCUUGCAUUACGAAAUCUAUGUCAACCAAAUCCUUGUCGAAAUGGUGGUAGUUGUUAUCUUAAUCAAACUAAUUUCGCUUGCGCAUGUCCAACAGGUUUUGGUGGUACAUGUUGUGAAUUAACUUUAGCAGCAACAAAUCCAUGUUUUAAUAAUCCAUGUUUAAAUAGUGGAACAUGCCAAAUAGCCGGAAUUAAUACAUAUCGAUGUAUAUGUCCAACUGGUCUUGUUGGUACUCGAUGUGAACAACGUAUGUGUGACCCAAAUCCAUGUUUAUAUGGUGGUGUAUGUUUACCAUAUGGCGAUAGUUUUCUAUGUCAAUGUCCACCUCAAUAUACUGGACGUUGCUGUGAACUUUUACUUGUAACUACUGCAGCACCGAAUCCAUGUACUGUAAAUCCCUGUCUUAACGGUGGUACUUGCACGGCAACAAGUGUAACAGAAUUCACUUGUUCAUGUACAUCAAGUUAUUAUGGUCGUUGUUGUGAACUUCGUAAUUUUUGUCAACCAAAUCCAUGUUAUAAUGGUGGUGCAUGCAUUCCUACUACAAAUGCUUAUGUGUGUUCAUGUGUAUAUCCAAAUUCGGGUAGUAACUGUGAACUGCGAAUAGCUACGCCAGCUCCUCAAUCUUCAUGUGCUUGUAUUCUCUGUCCAUGUCCAACACCAACAACUACAACAACUAAUCCAUGUCUUCCGAAUCCAUGUCAAAAUAAUGGAGGUUGUGCUGUCACACAAAAUACUGCACAAUGUUAUUGCCCAAGCGCAUUUACUGGUUAUUAUUGUCAAUAUACACGCAAACGAACUUUAAGUACUGCACCUUGUUCAAAUCUCACAUGUUUAAAUGGUGGAGAAUGUUAUAUGAGUGAUCAAGGACCUCAAUGUACAUGUCCAAAACCAUAUUUUGGUGAACAUUGUGAAUUAAUGAAUCGACCACGUUCAUGUGAUCCAAAUCCAUGCGGUCAAAGUGGUCAAUGUAUAUCAACAAAAGAUGGUUAUAAAUGUAUAUGUAAAAAUGGUAUGACUGGUAUACUUUGUGAACAAGUGAUAAUGCCAAAUGAUUAUCGUUGGUGUCCAUUGAAUUGUCAAGCAGGUACAAGUUGUGUUUAUGAAGGUACUAUACCAAAAUGUCGUGUAUUAAGCGUUUAUAAACAUUAA